GGAUAAUAAUAAUAAUAAUGUGAUUAUCAUUAAUGGCUAUUCAAAAACUCAUUCAGUCAUUCUAAAGUAAAAAUAAUAAUUAAAAUACCAUGAUUAUGAUAAAACCCGAGGUUGAAAGAACAGCUGAAAAGAAAACCAAAGACGAAAACCUUGCAGUUUGCAGUCCGGCUCGUGUUGAUGACGUCACUUGUUGUAUUUACUGGGGCAUUGACGGAAUUCGUUUUACUGCUACAAAGAAGAAGGCCAAUAUACUAUCAAAAUAGACAGUUUUCCAGCCAUAAAGUCGCACUGGCGGCCGGCUUCAUCUGGCAGACCAAGCUGUGCGCCUUGGCGGAGUUAAUGCAUACUGCCACCGACUGACCUGCUAUGACUGAGUGUUGAGCCUCAGUGAGAUGACUGACCAGGGCAACAACAACAACCACAACAUCUCCUGCAACCCCUUCGCUGCCCUCUUCAGCUCUUUGGCUGAUGCCAAGCAGUUUGCGUCAGGCCAAAAGUCUACACUGUUACCCACUGGACCGCCAGAUGACUCCGGAGAGAGCCAGUCAGAGUCUGAGAACUCUGUGUCAGACAGCGUCGAUGACAAUGACGACUCGGUGGCAGAGAUAAGCCGAUCCUUCCGAUCCCGGCAGGAACUGUGCGAGCAACUCAAUGUGAAUCACAUGAUCCAGCGUAUAUUUCUUAUCACCUUAGACAACAGUGAUCCCAGUCUUAGAGGGGGCAAUGGGAUCCCACCUCGCUGUGUUUACCUGGAGGAGAUGGCGGCUGAUUUGGAUGGACAGGAUUGGCUGGACAUGGACAACAUAGAACAGGCACUAUUUAAUCGUUUGCUGCUGCUCGAACCAGGAAACCACCUCAUCUACAUGACAUCAUGCAAUGCUGUGAACCUGUCAGCUGACCGUGACGCUGGAGAGAAAUGUGCCAUCCCAUACCUUUUUGCUUGUUAUCAGAGAGCAAAGGAAGAGGUGACCAAGGUGCCAGAGAAGUUACUGCCAUUCUCCGUUCGUUGUAAGAACCUGACGGUCUCAAACACGAGCACAGUUCUGCUCACUCCGGAGAUCUACAUCAACCAGAGUGUGUACGAGCAGCUUCUGGACCUGUUGCUGGAUGCUUACAGUAGUGCCCAGCCGGAUGAGGUGGUGGAGUUUGUUGAGGAAGUGAUUGUGGGCUUGCUCUCUGACCAAGAGGUGCGGACCUUCAAGGAGGUGAUCGUUCCAGUGCUUGAUAUUUUCCAGGGUAGAAUCAAAGACAUGGAUCUGUGUCAGCCCGUCUUCUACUUCUACCUUGAUGUGCUUCUCUAUUUCAGCUACAAUAAAGACAUCGCCAAGGUAUUGAUGGAACACAUUCAGCCCAAAGAUCCGGCUAAUGGCUUGCUGUACCAAAAGAGCCUUUUAGGAACAGUGUUGAGUGUAUCUUGCUUGCUGAAAACACCUGGAGUGGUGGAGGGACAUGGCUACUUCCUGAACCCCUCCAGAUCCAGCCCUCAAGAGACUAAGUUCCAGGAGGCCAACAUCCAUCAGUUUAUGGGCCAGUUUCACGACAAGCUGCAUCAAAUGUUUAAAUACUUGCUCCAGCGGUCGAAUGAGACACGCCACCUGCUGCUGUCAUGGUUGGGCAACUGCCUACACGCAAACUCUGGCCGGGCCAAGAUUUGGGCCAAUCAAAUGCCUGAGAUCUUCUUUCAGAUGUACGCCUCAGAUGCGUUCUUCUUGAAUUUGGGUGCUGCACUUCUGAAGCUGUGCCAGCCCUUUUGCCGGCCACGUUCCCCCAAAUUGCUCACAUUUAACCCCACGUACUGUGCAGUGAAAGACUUGAGUGAAGAAGAGAGGCGCAUUUGCAAUGUGCAUGCGAGAGGACUUGACAAGGAAACUUGUCUGACCCCCAUGCCCUCCCAGCACAUGCAAGAGCACGUAGUGGAGUCCUACAGCCUGCUGACGGAAAACCUCGUCCUCACACAGCUCACCCUGCAUCUCGGCUUCCACAGACUCCACGAGCAGCUGGUCAAGAUGAACCAGUCUCUCCACCGGCUCCAGGUGACAUGCGAGGAGGCCCAUCGCACAGGAAACCCAAGGACGGAGCAGCUCUUGGAGCAGUUUGAGCGCCUGAUGAUUGUCUUCUUGUCAACCAAAGCUGCCACCACACAGCCUGCCAUGCUGCAAUGCUGCCUUAACCUCCAAGCGUCCACUGCUGCUCUGCUGGUUCAGUUCGCUGUGGGAAAUCGGGGCCCCGAACAUGUAGCACUCAGUUUUCCUUUGCCCUCCCUGCAGAACACCAUGCUCUCCUUUGUACCAGAGUUUUUUGCAGAGAAUUUGGGAGAUUUUUUCAUCUUCCUGCGUCCAUUUGCUGAUGAUGUUUUGGAAUCCUCUGCUGAAAGUCUGGAGCAGAUUCUGAACUUUAUCACUGUCUUCAUGGGUAAUGUAGAGAGGUUGAAGAAUCCUCAUUUAAGAGCGGAGCUGGCAGAGGUCUUGGAGGCGGUGAUGCCCCACAUGUUGCCUCUGGCGCCUGGGAGUCCUCAACCAAUUGUCUUUCAGCGACAGAGAGUCUUCUGCUCUUACAAAUACGCACCUCAGUUGGCCGAAGCCCUCAUCACUGUGUUUGUAGACAUUGAAUUUACAGGUGAUCCUCAUCAAUUUGAACAGAAGUUUAAUUACAGAAGACCCAUGUAUCCCAUCCUCAAGUUCAUGUGGGGUGAAAAUAACUAUCGAGAGAGUAUCAAGCAUUUGGCAGACUAUGCAUCCAAGAACCUGGAGGCCAUGAAUCCUCCUCUGUUCCUCAGGUUCCUCAAUUUGCUGAUGAAUGAUGCCAUCUUCCUUUUAGAUGAGGCUAUUCAGUACCUGAGCAACAUCAAGAUUCUGCAGCUGGAGCAGGAUCGAGGGGAGUGGGAUGACCUGGCCCCCGAUGCCCAACGGGAGAGGGAGUCAAGCCUGCAGAUGUUUGGACAGCUGGGCCGCUUCCACAAUAUCAUGUCUAAUGAGACCAUCGGCACGCUGGCCUUCCUCACCUCAGAGAUCAAGGGAAUCUUUGUGCAUCCUUUUCUGGCUGAAAGGAUCAUCUCCAUGCUCAACUACUUCCUGCAGCAUCUGGUUGGACCCAAGAUGGGGGCUCUUAAAGUGAAGGACUUCAGCGAGUUUGACUUCAAGCCGCAGCAGCUUGUCUCUGACAUCUGCACCAUCUACCUGAACCUGGGAGAUGAGGAGAAUUUCUGUGCUACUGUCCCAAAGGAUGGACGGUCGUACUCCCCUAUCCUCUUUUCUCAAACAGUGAGGGUACUGAAGAAGAUCAACAAGCCCGGGGACAUGAUAGUGGCUUUUGGACUCCUUGCUGAUAAAAUAAAGUCCCAUGCAGAUCGACAGCAACAGGAAGAGGAAACUUAUUCAGAAGCCCCAGAAGAGUUCUUAGACCCAAUUAUGUCCACCCUGAUGCUGGAUCCCGUUCUUCUUCCUUCUUCCAACGUCACGGUCGACCGCUCCACAAUAGCAAGGCAUCUCCUCAGCACAUCUGGACAUCUGGUUUCAAAUCCGGUCUCGCCUGUGUGGACUUUGCAUCUUCUCCUCGUGCCUGCAUGGGUUUUCGCCGGGUACUCCGGUUUCCUCCCACAUUCCAAAAGCAUGCAUGUGACCAGACAGACCCGUUCAACCGCAGCCCUCUCACCAUGGACCAGAUCAGGCCAAACGAGGAGCUCAGACAACAGAUCUUAGAGUGGCUGGAUAAGCAUAAGCAGGAGAAGCUGCAGCUGGGACCAAGUGACCAGACUUGAUCCACACUGUGCCUAACAAUGACUUCAUCCUUGUUUGCUUCCCUCUUCCACAUCUAGAGUGCUCCUCUGCCUUUUUUUGUGGCUAAUCUGUGGUGUGCUUGUCGCCGCAGAUUCCUGAAGACUUUCGUCUAACACUGCAUUUAAAUCAUAUUUAAUACAGCCUUCAUGCAACAGACUACAGCCUCACAGCUAGUUGAAUAGCUGUUUCAAAUUGCCCAAUUGUAAACAUGAUGGGAAUGAUGCGAUUUUGAGCAGGAGAGGGGAACUCCACUGAGAAAGUAGAUUCCCCCUUCCUGAUUAUUUUUUCUUUUCUUGGAUAUUUAGCACACUUAAAUGGUUGCGAUUGGCAAACCAAUUUUGAUAUCUCAAGCCCCCAACACACCGAGCGAUGCAGCCGACUGAAUUGGACAAUUGCGAGUUAAUUACAAUCGGUGACACACACGCGCACAUCUGGCGAUUGAUUUUCACACACAUACCAACUGGCAGCACCAGCAACGCUGUGACCCCUGCUGUUCCGAUCAGGAAAUAACGUUUUGAGGCGCCACAUAUAUGUGCAGUAAGUCAAAAUGGCGUCAGCCAUAAACACAGUGACAAGACAAACAUAUUUACUAUGUGUGUGUGUGUGUGUGUCUGUACGGAAAGCAUUUAGACCCCCUUAAAUUUUUCUUUCUUUGUUAUAUUGCAGCCAUUUGCUCAAAUAAUUUUUCAUUUUUUUUUUCCUCAUUAAUGUACACACAGCACCCCAUAUUGACAGAAAAAACGGAAUUGUUAAUUUUUUUGCAGAUUUAUUAAAAAAUAAAAACUGAAGUAUAAGUAUUCAGACCCUUUUCUCAGUAUUUAGUAGAAACACCCUUUUGAGCUAAUACAGCCAUGAGUCUUUUUGUGAAUGAUGCAACGUGUUUUUCACACCUGGAUUUGGGGAUCCUCUGCCAUUCCUCUUUGCAGAUCCUCUCCAGUUCUGUCAGGUUGGAUGGAGAACAUUGGUGGACAGCCAUUUUUAGAUCUCUCCAGAGAUGCUCAAUUGGGUUUAAGUCAAAGCUCUGGCUGGGCCAUUCAAGAACAGUCACGGAGUUGUUCUGAACCCACUCCUUCGUUAUUUGAGCUGUGUGCUUAGGGUCAUUGUCUUUCUACAAGGUAAACCUUCGGCCCAGUCUGAGGUCCUGAGCACUCUGGAGAAGGUUUUCGUCCAGGAUAUCCCUGUACUUGGCGUCAUUCAUCUUUCCUUCGAUUGCAUCCAGUCGUCUUGUCCCUGCAGCUGAAAAACACCCCCACAGCAUGAUGCUGCCACCACCACCACGCUUCACUGUUGGGACUGUAUUGGACAGGUGAUAAGCAGUGCCUGGUUUUCUCCACACAUGCCACUUAGAAUUAAGGCCAACAACUUCUAUCUUGGUCUCAUCAGACCAGAUAAUCUUAUUUCUCACCAUCUUGGAGUCCUUCAGGUGUUUUUUAGCAAACUCCAGUGCGGGCUUUCAUGUGUCUUGCACUGAGGAGAGGCUUCCGUCGGGCCACUCUGCUAUAAAGCCCCGACUGGUGGAGGGCUGCAGUGAUGGUUGACUUUCUAGAACUUUCUCCCAUCUGCCGACUGCAUCUCUGGAGCUCAGCCACAGUGAUUUUUGGGUUCUUCUUUUCCUCUCGCACCAAGGCUCUUCUCCCCCGAUUGCUCAGUUUGGCCACCUCUAGGAAGGGUUCUGGUCAUCCCAAACGUCUUGCAUUUAAGGGUUAUGGAGGCCACCGUGCUCUUAGGAACCUUAAGUGCAGCAGAAUUUGUUUUGUAACCUUGGCCAGAUCUGUGCCUUGCCACAAUUCCGUCUCUGAGCUCAUCCGGCAGUUCCUUUGACCUCAUGAUUCUCAUUUGCUCUGCCAUGCACUGUGAGCUGUAAGGUCUUAUAUAGACAGGGGUGUGGCUUUCAUAAUCAAGUCCAAUCAGUAUCAGUAAUCAAGCACAGCUGGACUCCAAUGAAGGUGUAGAACCAUCUUAAGAAUGAUCAGAAGAAAUGGACAGCACCCGAGUUAAAUAUAUGAGUGUCACAGCAAAGGGUCUGAAUACUUAUGCCUGUGUGAUAUUUCAAUUUUUCUCUUUUUUAAUCUGCAAAGGUUUCAACAAUUCUGUUUUUUUCUGUCAAUAUGGGGUGCUGUGUGUACAUUGAUGAGGAAAAAAAUUUAACAAAUGUUUUUAGCAAAUGGCUGCAAUAUAACAAAGAGUGAAAAAUUUAAGGGGGGGGGGGGGGGGGCUUUCCGUACCCACUGUGUGUGUGUGUGUACACACAAUAUAAUAUAAUAGAAGUGUACUAAACACUCACUGAGCAGUCAUUGUUUCUGUUUACCCAACACAGCAAAGAUUAUUUUUCAUUAUUAAUAUUUUGUAAUGUUAAAGAGAUGGCAAUGUUCCCAGGGAGGCAUUGGCUUUCUAUUUAACAUAAUAACCAACAACCGCAAAAUACAAUAAAGAAUCCGAAAACUUUGAGGUGCUGAAUGUUAUGAUUUCGCCUGCUACUGUUAAUCAUGAUUCCAGUUUUCACCUUCUUGAUUGCCCUUUAAAUAACAGUUAACCGAGCGCUGAUAGUUUUGCAAGGAUUUUAUAUCAUUUGUAUUAACAUAAAGAAGAGCCCGAAUGACACUUUUGAGGCAUAUUGUUUCUUUUAGACAUCGAGAGCUGCAGAUAGAAUGCAUAAGAUCAACUCAAUGAGAGCGAGAUUAUCAUUGAAGAGAUUUUAAUGAAUAAAAGAAAUAAAACUAGGUUGUGAUCCAGGAUUAAGUUGUGAAGGACGUAUGUGAUGGUUUGGCAUCCAUGUGCUUUACGUUGAAUAUCUUGAGUGAAAAUAUAAUUCUAUAUUUUGUUUUAUUGUAAAAUUUUACUUUGAUUGUACAGUAUGAUUAAAAAAUUAAAACCCA